AUGGCAAAUGGUGGCGGCGGCGGCGGCGGCGGCGGCGGCGGCGGAGGCGGCAGCAGUCUUAGAAUGAGUAGCAAUAUCCACGCUAACCAUCUCAGCCUAGACGCGUCCUCCUCCUCUUCUUCUUCCUCUUCCUCCUCCUCCUCGUCCUCUUCCUCGGUCCACGAGCCCAAGAUGGAUGCGCUUAUCAUCCCGGUGACCAUGGAGGUGCCGUGCGACAGCCGCGGCCAGCGCAUGUGGUGGGCUUUCCUGGCCUCCUCCAUGGUGACUUUUUUCGGGGGCCUUUUCAUCAUCUUGCUCUGGCGGACGCUCAAGUACCUGUGGACCGUCUGCUGCCACUGCGGGGGCAAGAGCAAGGAGGCCCAGAAGAUUAACAAUGGAGCUACUCAGGCAGAUGGCACCCUCAAACCAGUGGAUGAAAAAGAGGAGGCCGUGGCAGCAGAAGUUGGCUGGAUGACCUCUGUGAAAGACUGGGCGGGAGUGAUGAUAUCUGCCCAGACAUUAACUGGCAGAGUCCUGGUUGUCUUAGUCUUUGCUCUUAGCAUUGGGGCCCUUGUCAUAUACUUCAUAGAUUCGUCAAACCCGAUAGAAUCCUGUCAGAAUUUCUACAAAGAUUUCACAUUACAGAUCGACAUGGCUUUCAACGUGUUCUUCCUUCUCUACUUUGGCCUGCGGUUUAUUGCAGCCAACGAUAAGCUGUGGUUUUGGCUGGAAGUGAAUUCAGUAGUAGAUUUCUUCACAGUCCCUCCUGUGUUUGUGUCAGUGUAUUUAAACAGAAGUUGGCUUGGUUUGAGAUUUCUGAGAGCUCUCAGGCUGAUACAGUUUUCAGAAAUUCUGCAGUUUCUGAAUAUCCUUAAAACAAGUAAUUCUAUCAAGCUGGUGAAUCUGCUCUCCAUAUUUAUCAGCACAUGGCUGACAGCAGCUGGGUUCAUACAUUUGGUGGAGAACUCAGGGGAUCCAUGGGAAAAUUUCCAAAAUAACCAACCUCUAACAUACUGGGAAUGUGUCUAUUUACUCAUGGUUACAAUGUCCACUGUCGGUUAUGGGGAUGUUUAUGCAAAAACCACCCUUGGCCGCCUCUUCAUGGUCUUCUUCAUCCUCGGGGGACUGGCCAUGUUUGCCAGCUACGUCCCUGAAAUCAUAGAGUUAAUAGGAAACCGCAAGAAAUACGGUGGUUCCUAUAGUGCGGUUAGUGGAAGAAAGCAUAUCGUUGUCUGUGGGCACAUCACUCUGGAGAGCGUGUCCAACUUCCUGAAGGACUUUCUGCACAAAGACCGGGAUGACGUCAACGUGGAGAUUGUCUUUCUUCACAAUAUUUCCCCAAACUUGGAGCUUGAAGCUCUCUUCAAACGUCACUUUACUCAGGUGGAAUUUUAUCAAGGUUCAGUCCUCAAUCCGCAUGACCUGGCAAGAGUCAAGAUAGAGUCAGCAGAUGCGUGCCUAAUCCUUGCCAAUAAAUACUGCGCUGACCCGGAUGCUGAAGAUGCCUCCAACAUCAUGAGAGUGAUUUCCAUAAAGAACUACCACCCGAAAAUCAGAAUUAUCACCCAGAUGCUACAGUAUCACAACAAGGCCCAUCUGCUAAACAUCCCAAGCUGGAAUUGGAAAGAAGGAGAUGACGCAAUCUGCCUUGCUGAGUUGAAGCUAGGAUUCAUAGCCCAGAGCUGCCUGGCUCAAGGCCUCUCCACGAUGCUCGCCAAUCUCUUCUCCAUGAGGUCAUUCAUAAAGAUUGAGGAAGACACGUGGCAGAAAUACUACUUGGAAGGAGUCUCCAAUGAAAUGUAUACAGAAUAUCUUUCUAGUGCCUUCGUGGGUCUGUCCUUCCCUACAGUUUGUGAGCUGUGCUUUGUGAAGCUAAAGCUCUUAAUGAUAGCCAUAGAGUACAAGUCCGCCAACCGAGAGAGCCGCAUAUUAAUUAAUCCCGGAAACCAUCUCAAAAUUCAAGAAGGUACUUUAGGAUUCUUCAUUGCAAGUGAUGCCAAAGAAGUCAAGAGGGCAUUUUUUUACUGCAAAGCCUGUCAUGAUGACAUCACAGAUCCCAAAAGGAUAAAAAAAUGUGGCUGCAAACGGCUUAAGGAUGAAGCCAAAUCACGUUACCCCAAACGCGCAUUUGAGCUCCAGAACGCAACUUCAAAAUCACAUCUUGUGGCCAAGCCAGUUGAAGAUGAACAGCCAUCGACGCUGUCACCCAAAAAAAAACAGCGGAAUGGAGGCAUGAGGAACUCGCCCAACUCUUCUCCUAAGCUGAUGAGGCACGACCCUUUGUUAAUUCCUGGCAAUGAUCAGAUCGACAACAUGGACUCCAACGUGAAAAAGUAUGAUUCUACAGGGAUGUUCCACUGGUGUGCAGCCAAGGAGAUCGAAAAAGUCAUUCUGACGAGAAGUGAAGCUGCCAUGACGGUUCUGAGUGGGCAUGUGGUGGUUUGCAUCUUUGGUGACGUCACAUCAGCUUUGAUUGGCCUCCGGAACUUGGUGAUGCCUUUGCGUGCGAGCAAUUUUCACUACCACGAACUGAAGCACAUUGUGUUUGUGGGUUCCAUUGAGUACCUCAAGCGGGAAUGGGAAACACUACAUAACUUUCCCAAAGUUUCAAUAUUGCCUGGUACACCAUUAAGUCGGGCUGAUUUAAGGGCUGUCAACAUCAACCUCUGUGACAUGUGCGUUAUCCUGUCAGCCAAUCAGAAUAAUAUUGAUGAUACUUCGCUGCAGGACAAGGAAUGCAUCCUGGCGUCACUCAACAUCAAAUCUAUGCAGUUUGAUGACAGCAUUGGGGUCUUACAGGCUAAUUCCCAAGGGUUCACACCACCAGGAAUGGACAGGUCAUCCCCAGACAACAGUCCAGUCCACGGGAUGUUACGUCAGCCAUCCAUCACAACUGGGGUCAAUAUCCCUAUCAUCACUGAGCUAGCGAAGCCUGGCAAACUUCUGCCUUUGGUUUCAAUCAAUCAGGAAAAAAACAGUGGGACGCACAUUCUCAUGAUAACCGAACUGGUGAAUGAUACUAAUGUUCAGUUUUUGGACCAAGACGAUGAUGAUGACCCAGAUACGGAGCUGUAUCUCACACAGCCAUUUGCAUGUGGGACAGCAUUUGCUGUUAGUGUCCUGGACUCACUCAUGAGUGCGACAUACUUCAAUGACAACAUCCUUACCCUGAUCCGGACGCUGGUCACGGGAGGAGCGACUCCAGAGUUGGAAGCCCUGAUUGCUGAGGAAAAUGCCUUACGAGGUGGCUACAGCACCCCUCAGACAUUGGCCAACAGGGAUCGAUGUCGGGUGGCACAGUUAGCCCUGCUGGAUGGGCCUUUUGCAGAUUUAGGGGAUGGUGGUUGUUAUGGUGAUCUAUUCUGUAAAGCCCUAAAGACCUACAAUAUGCUCUGCUUUGGAAUUUACCGGCUGAGAGAUGCCCAUCUCAGCACACCAAGCCAAUGCACCAAACGAUACGUCAUCACCAACCCUCCGUAUGAGUUUGAGCUGGUGCCCACUGACCUGAUCUUCUGUCUGAUGCAGUUUGACCACAAUGCUGGACAGUCCAGGGCCAGCCUCUCUCACUCUUCUCACUCCUCCCAGUCCUCCAGCAAGAAAAGUUCCUCUGUUCACUCCAUCCCCUCCACGGCAAAUCGGCAGAACCGCCCCAAGUCCAGGGACUCUCGGGACAAACAGAAUGCAACAAGGAUGAAUAGAAUGGGCCAAGCAGAAAAGAAAUGGUUUACAGAUGAAUCGGAUAAUGCCUAUCCCAGAAACAUUCAAAUCAAGCCCAUGAGCACCCAUAUGGCUAACCAGAUCAACCAAUAUAAAUCUACAAGCAGCUUGAUUCCACCAAUCAGAGAAGUUGAAGAUGAAUGUUGACUCCCAGGAGACCAGAACUAAUUUUUUUUAAAGCCUGACAAACUUCAUAAAUGGUGAUGUGACUUUUUUUCCUCUUACAUGCCGAAUCACUGGUGGAAAAGUUAGGAUAAGCAAGAAUUAUGAGAGAAAAAAAAUAAAGUAGACAGAUCUCUCUCUCUUUUGUCUGCCUUCAAUAUUGCUUCCAUGUACUUUGG